GCAGGAAGGAGCCAUGGCCCUGGACGGGAUAAGGAUGCCAGAUGGCUGCUACGCGGACGGGACGUGGGAACUGAGUGUGCACGUGACGGACCUGAACCGCGACGUCACCCUCCGGGUGACCGGGGAGGUGCACAUCGGAGGGGUGAUGCUUAAGUUGGUGGAAAAACUCGAUGUAAAAAAAGAUUGGUCUGACCAUGCUCUGUGGUGGGAAAAGAAGAGAACUUGGCUGCUUAAGACUCAUUGGACAUUGGAUAAGUAUGGCAUCCAGGCAGACGCCAAGCUUCAGUUCACCCCACAGCACAAACUGCUCCGCCUGCAGCUUCCCAACAUGAAGUAUGUAAAGGUGAAAGUGAACUUCUCUGAUAGAGUCUUCAAAGCUGUGUCAGACAUCUGUAAGACCUUCAAUAUCAGACACCCCGAAGAACUUUCUCUCUUAAAGAAACCCAGAGACCCAACAAAGAAAAAAAAGAAAAAACUUGAUGACCAGUCUGAAGAUGAGGCCCUUGAACUAGAAGGACCUCUUAUCACUCCUGGGUCAGGAAGUAUAUAUUCAAGCCCAGGACUUUAUAGUAGAACAAUGACUCCCACUUACGAUGCUCACGAUGGAAGCCCCCUAUCACCAACUUCUGCAUGGUUUGGUGACAGUGCUCUUUCGGAAGGCAAUCCUGGUAUACUUGCUGUCAGUCAACCAAUCACAUCACCAGAAAUCUUGGCAAAAAUGUUCAAGCCUCAAGCUCUUCUUGAUAAAGCAAAAAUUAACCAAGGGUGGCUUGAUUCCUCAAGAUCUCUCAUGGAGCAAGAUGUGAAGGAAAAUGAGGCCUUGCUGCUGAGAUUCAAGUAUUACAGCUUUUUUGAUUUGAAUCCAAAGUAUGAUGCAAUCAGAAUCAAUCAGCUUUAUGAGCAGGCCAAGUGGGCCAUCCUCCUAGAAGAAAUUGAAUGCACAGAAGAGGAAAUGAUGAUGUUUGCAGCCUUGCAGUAUCAUAUCAAUAAGCUGUCAAUCAUGACGUCAGAGAAUCAUUUGAAUAACAGUGACAAAGAAGUUGAUGAAGUUGAUGCUGCCCUGUCAGACCUGGAGAUUACUUUGGAAGGGGGUAAAACAUCAACAGUUUUGGGUGACAUUACUUCCAUUCCUGAACUUGCUGACUAUAUUAAAGUUUUCAAGCCAAAAAAGCUGACUUUAAAGGGUUACAAGCAGUAUUGGUGCACUUUCAAAGAUACAUCUAUUUCUUGCUAUAAGAGCAGAGAAGAAUCCAGUGGCACACCUGCUCAUCAGAUGAACCUACGAGGAUGUGAAGUCACCCCAGAUGUAAACAUUUCAGGCCAAAAAUUUAACAUUAAGCUCCUGAUUCCAGUAGCAGAGGGCAUGAAUGAAAUCUGGCUUCGUUGUGACAAUGAAAAACAGUACGCACACUGGAUGGCAGCCUGCAGAUUGGCCUCGAAAGGCAAGACCAUGGCAGACAGCUCUUACAACUUAGAAGUUCAGAAUAUCCUCUCUUUCCUCAAGAUGCAGCAUUUAAACCCAGAUCCUCAGUUAAUACCAGAGCAGAUCACCACUGAUAUCAACCCUGAAUGUUUGGUGUCUCCUCGCUACCUGAAGAAGUAUAAGAACAAGCAGAUAACAGCAAGAAUCUUGGAGGCCCAUCAGAAUGUGGCUCAGAUGAGUCUGAUCGAAGCCAAAAUGAGAUUCAUUCAGGCAUGGCAGUCGCUGCCGGAAUUCGGCAUCACACACUUCAUUGCAAGGUUUCAAGGAGGCAAAAAAGAAGAACUGAUUGGAAUCGCAUACAACAGAUUAAUUCGGAUGGAUGCCAGCACAGGUGAUGCCAUUAAGACGUGGCGGUUUAGCAACAUGAAACAGUGGAAUGUAAACUGGGAGAUCAAAAUGGUCACCGUAGAGUUUGCAGAUGAAGUCCGAUUGUCCUUCAUUUGUACUGAAGUAGAUUGCAAAGUAGUUCAUGAAUUCAUUGGUGGCUACAUAUUUCUGUCAACACGUGCAAAAGACCAAAAUGAGAGUUUAGAUGAAGAGAUGUUCUACAAACUUACCAGUGGCUGGGUGUGAAUAAAGAUACUGUGUAAUUGAACUUCACGGCCAUAACAAUAUUUAACUUCAAAGCUGAUUUUUAUUAUAUGCUGCUUAAUAAAGUAAGCUUGAAAUGUAUCAUUUUAUCAUGAAAAAUGUUUUUGCCUUACCAGACUGGUUUUGUGUGCACUAACAAGCACGACUGUUAAUCUGCUAUGGUGAUACAGUGUAUGUGUGGACUGCGGCAAAUGGCUCAUUCCUUAAGGCCAUGAAUUGAUAAUGGAAAUAGUGGGCAAAUCAGGAGCCAGCUGCCACUGAUUUAAGCUAGCCAAGCUGUUAGAAGCCAUCUACUCUAACGUUAUCCAGGGCUUAACCUAUAUGAAGUCUAUUUAUCAUGUUUAAUGCAUGUGUCUUAAUGUAUGUUUAGUUGGAUGUCAUAUUUUAAAAUAUCCUACGUCUGGUAACCAUUUAACACCUCCUCUCCCCCUGCCCCGCCCCCCAUGAAAUAAGGCCUACAAAUAGGCCUGAGUUUUAGUGAUGUCAUUGUUUGACCUUGAAGGAAAAUUCUGUUAGUCUGUUACGCUUAGUUUGUAUUUGUCCUUGAACAAGCAUGUGUGUAUAUUGUAUGUUUUUAUUUUUACACCGUAUUGUAUUACAACACUUUUAGUAUUCACCAGCAUAUUCACUGUCUGCCUAAAAUAUGCAGUUUCUGCAUUAUGAUAUGAAGUAAAAGGUCUAUGAAGUAUGCAUUUUGUGUAACUAAUGUACAAACACAAAUUUUAUAAUAUUGUACAGUUUUUUUAAACUAUUCACAACUAGCAAAUGGCUUAAAUGUAGCAUCCUUGCAUUAAAAGGUAUAAUAUGCAGUUUUAAUACCUGCUAAAUUAAGAAUGACUUUGUUAUGGUCAUGACUUGCCACAGUGUCCUUAGCUCCUGCCUGGACAGGCCGGUUGGGUCUGUUCUGCUGUUACAGUCUGCAUUGGUGCUAGUCAGAAAAUUCCUAGCUCACAGCCCAAAAGGGUACCAGGGUGGGGUGAUUACCAGUAUUGACAAUAAUCCAUGCUUUAAAGAUUGUAUAAAUGCAUUUUAUUUUAAAUAAAAGCAAAACCUUUUAUUUAAU